UCUGGUGCUCUGGUGCGUCUGUCUGUGUGUGUGUUAGAAAGAAGGACGGGGGUGUACGGAAAGCCUCAUACACAAGACUAAAGAGAAUCAGUGAGCGGGGGAGAAAGAAAAGACAGAAAGCAGAAGGAUCCGUCUCAGAAUUAACAAAAAUUCAGCAGCUGAAUGAUCCCUCAGUCUUCUCCAGAGAGGUUUUUGACAGUGGUUUCAUCUUGAAGAUAUACCCAUUGACGAGAUGCACACUCCAGCAUCCAUGCUGAUGGGGGUGGUGUUCGCCCCUCUAGGCCUUGUGCUGGUGUUCACUGCUGCCAUCACGCCACAGUGGAGGGAAGGUCAGGCGCGGCUGGGUGCGGCUGGAAGGGGCGGGGCAACGGAGCUCCUCCUUCUCCGCUCGGAUGGCCUCUGGGAGAGCUGCCUGCAGGUGGUGCACUCUGAGGUCAAAGAAUGCUGGCCUGUGUCAGGGUCCUACCAGCGGGACUCUCGGGUCAGAAUGGUCCAGGGCAUGGUGCUGUCGUCUCUCUUCCUGUGCGGAGCAGGGAUCGUGCUCGCCAGCAUCGGUGUCCGUUGCUGGACUGAUAUCCCGCUGAGGAGUGUAGCAGCAGCUGGUGGCCUGUUGGUGGCGCUGGCUGGUGUGCUCAGUCUGGCUGCAUUAGGGGUGUACACACGGCACCUUUCCAAGCUGGGGAUUGACGUAGAUUCGAGUUUAUCAGAGACACAAGGACUCAAUGCGCACAAGCCACCCCGGCUAACUCUACACCCAGCCGGGUCGCUGUACUUCGGGUGGGUGGGAGCUUGUGUACAAGUGCUGGGAGGGAUCGCACUGCUCUACGGGUUCAAAGACAUGAAGUGUUCAUCCUGCCGCAAGCAGAGACUCAAGGACAGUACUGAGAUGUAUGCAGUGAACUGUUAGAUGAACCAAACAUUUCAGAGAGCUCAAGAGACUCUUAGGGGGCUUUCAUGCUAGAAUAUUUGAUUCACAACUGGGUGUCACGAGUUUGGAUCAGGGUUGUCCAAAGUUGGUCCUGGAGGGUGCCUGCAUGUCCUGCAGACUUUAGCUUCAACACACCUGUAUUGAAGGUACUAGUAAGACUAGCAAGACCUUGAUUAGCUGCUUCAUGUGUGUUUGAUUAUAGACCCUUUUCACAUUUUUGGGUUUCUCAGUAGCGGAAGUCGUCAUAGUUGGGAAAACUUAGAGCGCAGUGAAUGGGAGAAUAUAACAAAUAAUUAUUUACAAUCUUAUUUGGUGAAAUAAUAAAAGAAAAACUCCACGAUGAUGUUAUAAAUACUUUCAGAAACUGAAAAAAAAAUUGUGUGAGAUUGAUGACGGCAGCCAGAGGAGAGAAUAACGUCAAAUUCACUGUCCUGUCCCAUAGACGCUGCAUUAGAAACGCCUCACACAAGCGGUAAUUCGUCUUUUGUAAUUUGAAGCAAAGAUUAUAUAAUACAUACAUAAAUAUGUAUAAAUGUUCAUACGUUUUAUUUUUAAAUCAAAAUAAUAAACUAAUUAGUAACAGGCUUGUGACAAAGGUCCAUAAGGAUGGAGCUAAAAUAUGCUGGUCAGUGGCCUUCCAGGACUUAGAUUGGAUAAUGUGACCUCUGAACUCACGACACACCUGUGAACUGUGUGGACUGGGAUAUGGGUUAUGUAAACUCUGGUAAGGUUCACUUCUAAUAUGAACAGAAUUAUACUAGAUCGUAGAAGUGAGCUAUUAUUGGUAAAAUUGGUGGUUAUUAGUUUACUCACUUGGUUUCCUGACACACUGAAAGAAGAUUUUACCUCAUUUCUGCUUUCAGAAUUGCCAUUAAAUUUACGAUAAAUGUACAUGUUCCAUCCUAUAAUGGUGCUUUGGAAACUUACAAACUUACAAUUUUCAAAAUAGUAAAAUUAAACAAGAAUUGAUUCAUAUAGACAUCUACAGCAAAGAUGAUAUAUAGCAACAGGGCUACAUUGCUGCUACUCUUAUAACGCAAACGUAUCAUGGAACCAAAUACCACACCAUGUAAACACAAUCUAGCAUGGGCAAGUAAGGGGGGUGCCAAUCAAAUGCUGGUUGGGACCAGGCAAUCAAAGCAAGUGUGAAAGCACCCUUAGAGUUCAAACAUGGCUGAUUGGAGUGCAGCUUGUAGUGUUUAUGAAGUAAUGUGAAACAGAACAAAAGCUUACUGAAGUAUUAAACUGUUACCAGAAGCUUUAAAGGGAUAAUUCAUUCAAAAAUGAAAAUUUUGCAAUCCAUUUCUUACUCUCCAAAUAUGUCAGAGUGUCUUUCCUAUGUUAAACAUAAAAGAAAAUAUUUUGAAGAAUGUUGCAAACCUGUGGCCAUUGAUAUAGUAAUUUUCCUCAGUAUGGAUGUCAGUGGCUACUAGUUUCCUACACUGAACUGAACAGAAACGAGUUGAGUGAAUGGUGAGUAAAUUUUCAUUUCUGCGUGACCAUCUCUUUAAGCUCCAUUCACACUUAGAAUGACAAAAGUAAUAGCCA